AUGGCAAAGCACUGGAGUGCGAAGUCUUUAGUGGCACUAGCACUGCUAGCGAGCUUAGUUGGAACUCUGGUAGAAGCUCAGGACCCAAUCUGGCAGAAGCCUGCAACACAGAUGUCAAAAGGCCCUGCACUUCCGCAGGCACCACAGGUCGUUCCUCGUCCACAACUGCCAAAGGGUCCUCAAUAUCAGCCACCACAGGUACUUCCACAACCACCACCAAAGGCUCCUCAAUAUCCUCAGCCACCACAGGUAAUUCCACAACCACCACCAAAGGCUCCUCAAUAUCCUCAGCCACCACAGGUACUUCCACAACCACCACCAAAGGCUCCUCAAUAUCCUCAGCCACCACAGGUCUUUCCUCGUCCGCAACCACCACCAAAGGCUCCUCAAUAUCCUCAAGCACCGAAGGUCCAACCAGCUCUACCGCCAAAGGCUCCUCAAUUUGCUCAAAGGUUCUAUGAUUCUCUACAGGAACCGCAAGUCCCUCAGCCACAGCAGCCGCAGCAUCACGCGGUGCAACAGACAACUUCCAUUAACAAGCCAGUUGGUGUGAAGCAGCCUCCUGUUCAGAGUUGUGAGGUGGCAGAAAACACGAGAAUCCCAUGUGGACAUCCCGAUAUCUCAGCUGCCGGAUGUGAAGCCAUAAACUGCUGCUUCAGUGGCCGACAGUGCUACUUCGGAAAGGCAGUGACCGUCCAGUGCACCAAGGAUGCCCAGUUUAUUGUGGUAGUGGCCAGAGAUGCCACUCUGCCCAACAUUGACCUUGAGUCAAUCUCACUGUUGGGACAAGGUCAAGGCUGUACACAUGUUGACUCCAAUUCAGAGUUUGCCAUCUACCAAUUUCGUGUAACUGACUGUGGCUCUAUUGUCAUGGAGGAGCCUGGUGUUAUAAUCUAUGAGAACAGCAUGUCCUCCUCAUACGAAGUUGCGGUUGGGCCCCUUGGAGCUAUUACCAGAGAUAGCAGCUAUGAAGUGCGCUUCCAGUGUAGGUACAUCGGCACUUCUGUUGAAACUGUUGUUGCAGAAGUAUUGCAAGUACAACAACCUCCUCAAGUUGCUGCUCUGGGACCCAUCAGAGUACAUCUGAGGUUGGCUAACGGGCAAUGCCAUACGAAGGGUUGUAAUGAAGUGGAUGCGGCCUAUAGCUCAUUCUACAUUGAGACAGACUACCCUGUGUCCAAAGUACUGAGGGACCCUGUCUAUGUGGAGGUUCGGCUCCUUGAAAGGACAGAUCCCAACCUUGUCCUGACUCUUGGUCGCUGUUGGACAACCACAAGCCCCCACCCUCACAGUCUGCCCCAGUGGGACAUUCUGAUUGACGGAUGUCCAUACAGGGAUGAUCGCUACUUGUCCACACUGGUUCCAGUUGGUCCCUCCUCUGGUCUGGACUUCCCAAGUCAUUACAAGCGUUUCAUUUUUAAAAUGUUUACCUUUGUGGACCCCAGUUCAAUGGAACCCCUGAAGGAACUGGUGUACAUUCACUGCAGUACAGUUGUUUGCUCUGCUGCACCGGGCCGCUCCUGUGAACCAUCAUGCUUCAGAAAAAGUAAGAGAUGA